CUUUUUUUUUUUUUUUUAAGGAACCAAGUGGUUUGAGUGAGUGGCACCUCCUCGAGGGCACCUAAGCUGUUUCGGGGCGCUCCUGCAGGAGACUGCGCCAGUUCCAGCACCCACUACGUCGCCGCCCAGCCGCGCUGGGCAAGGCCGGUUUCCCGGAAGGUCAAGCGCGCUGGAGCCCGGGGGCGCUGCGCUUGGCUGGUGGACGCUGGACUCUCUGGAUCACACUGGUUUUCAGAGAUAAUUCCGGAAGACUUCCAUAUUUUAAAGACAGCUGAUUGGCAACCUGAAUUUAAUCUGCAGCCUUAAGUCUCCUUUGCAAUAAAAUCAUGGAAGCUGAUAAAGACAACAACAAACAAGUUCUUAAGGAACAUCAGACAAAUGAAGAAUUGAUGAAAGACGACCAAAAUGAGGGAUUAAUUGAUGAAAUUACAAAGGAAAAUAUUCAUUUAAAGGAGGAGAUUCAAAAGCUUGAAGCCGAGUUACAAGAGGCUGCCGGAGUCUUCCAGAUUAAAGAGGAUAUUCCAGAGACAAAGAUAAAAUUCACAUCACUAGAGACUCCUGAGGAUGUUAGCCAGUUUUCAAACAUUUCCUAUUCAUUUGAAGUGAAAUCACAAGUGCCUUAUGAGCUACAAAAAGGACAAGCACUUAUCACCUUUGAAAAAGAAGAAGUUGCACAAAAUGUGUUACAAAUGGAGAAGCAUCGUGUGCAGAUGGAGGACGUGAUUCUGGAGGUUACAGCCAAUCCAGUGCCACUCAACACAGGAGUCAGAUUCCAGGUUCAUGUAGAAGUUUCUAAAAUGAAGAUCAAUGUUACUGAAAUUCCUGAUGAGUUGCCUGAAGAUCAGAUGAGAGACAAACUAGAGCUGAGCUUUUGCAAGUCCCGACUUGGAGGUGGAGAGGUGGAAAGUGUGGACUAUGAUAAGCGAUCUGGAAGUGCCGUCAUCACAUUUGUGGAAGCUGGAGUUGUUGACAAGAUAUUGAAAAAGAAAGAAUAUCCUCUUUACAUAAAUCAAAGCUGCCAUAGAGUUGUUGUUUCUCCAUACAUAGAAAGACACGUGAAAAAGUAUCAGGUAUUUUCAGGAAUAUCUAAGAGGACGGUGCUUCUGAAGGGAAUAGAGAACAUUCAGAUGGAAGAAGAAAUUGUGGAGGAUUUAAUUAACAUUCACUUUCAGCGGGAGAAGAAUGGAGGUGGAGAAGUAGAUGUGGUCAAGUGUUCUCUAGAUCAAUCUUACAUCGCAUAUUUCGAAGAAUAAACUGAUGGAAUCAUAUGAGAAUUAUAGCUUUUAAUACAAAUCACUGUCAACAUUUGGCAAAAAUGAAUAUCCUUUCCUUUAAAAAUCGAAAAUUUUAAUUCUUUAGUGUCCAUUUCUUUUUAAAUAAAAAAAUAUAUUUCCAAGUU